AGUCAAGAUUUUUCGUCUGAGAGAGAACUCAUAGAAGCGAGGUUGAAGGCCAAAAAUCUAGCUCCUUGCUUGGUAGAAGUAGGGAGAGAGAGAGAGAAAGAGAGGGAGGGAGCUGUUGCGUCCAAAUUUGCUUCGCUUCCAUCUUCGCUUUCUCUUACUCGACUUAGCUUGGUCAAGUUCUGGGAAGGAGAGAAAGGGGGUGGGAAUCGGACAGUAGAUUAGGGUUUUUUAAGUUUGAGCAUUUGUUGGUGCAGAAUGCAUAUGAUGCGGCGGCUCAAGAGCUUUGCCUCGGGGCGGUCAUCCAUCUCAGAUCCGGCUCGCUUGGUUACAGGGUGGGGAAUCCGGCUUCAAAAAGGAGAAGGUGGAGCAAGAUGUAGUAGGAGGGGAUGUAUCUUCAGAAUUUGAUAUGGAAGUAGAUAAAGAUGAAGGUACUGAGGCAGAGCUACAAACAGCCUCAACUCAUUUGGAUGCUAUGGCUAGUACAUCUUCUACCAACCCUAUGUCUAAGCCUCAAGAAGCAGAUCUCCAUCAAGUUCCUGCUGAGGUGCUUGAGAUAACCAUGCGAGAUGACAAUGCAGAUGGCAAUGUCAAGGAUAUUGAGAACAAGAUGGCUAAAGGAAAGUUAACAGAGACUGGUCAGAUAAUCACAACAACAAUAGGUGGUCGGAAUGGACAGCCAAAGCAGACAAUCUCAUACAUGGCGGAGCGUGUGGUUGGCACUGGUUCAUUUGGUGUUGUCUUCCAGGCUAAAUGUCUGGAAACGGGGGAAUCAGUUGCUAUUAAGAAAGUAUUGCAGGAUAAGAGAUAUAAGAAUAGGGAGCUCCAAAUUAUGCAGAUGCUGAACCAUCCCAAUGUGGUGAAAUUAAAGCAUCACUUCUUUUCAACAACUGACAGGGAUGAGCUAUACCUGAACCUUGUACUUGAAUUUGUCCCUGAGACUGUUUAUCGUGCUUCAAAGUAUUUUGCCAGGAUGAAACAACACAUGCCUCUACUUUAUGCGCAACUUUACACAUACCAGAUAUGUCGUGCUCUUUCCUAUAUUCAUCGUGUUGUAGGGGUUUGCCAUCGUGAUAUUAAGCCUCAAAAUCUCUUGGUUAAUCCUGAGACUCAUCAAGUAAAAAUUUGUGAUUUUGGCAGUGCCAAGAUGUUGGUUCCAGGGGAGCCUAAUAUAUCUUACAUUUGCUCGCGAUACUAUAGAGCACCAGAAUUAAUUUUUGGAGCCACAGAAUAUACAACAGCAAUUGAUAUGUGGUCAGUAGGUUGCGUUCUUGCUGAACUUCUCUUAGGACAGCCUCUUUUUCCUGGAGAGAGUGGAGUUGAUCAAUUGGUGGAGAUUAUCAAGAUUUUGGGCACCCCAACACGUGAAGAGAUCAAAUGUAUGAAUCCAAAUUACACGGAGUUUAAAUUCCCUCAGAUCAAAGCUCAUCCUUGGCACAAGAUUUUUCAAAAACGAAUGCCUCCUGAGGCAGUUGAUCUUGUAUCAAGACUGCUUCAGUACUCUCCAAGUUUGCGAUAUAAAGCUUUAGAUGCGUGUGCACAUCAUUUUUUCGACGAUCUACGAAAUCCGAAUACCCGCCUUCCCAAUGGAAGCUCUCUUCCACCUCUAUUCAAUUUCAUGCCACAAGAGCUCGAAGGUGCUUCUCCUGAGCUGAUUCAGCGACUCAUACCUGAGCAUGCAAUGACCUAAUUUGAACAAUUGAUGGAUAUGAGCAGUUAAUUGACUAUUUCUGAGAAAUGGAGAGAGGGAUUGGCUCCUUCAUGAAAUUUUCAUUGAACACAUUGAAAGAGGAAGAACCAUUGACAAGUGGAGAUAUGAAGCGAAGCCUUCCUGGAAAGAAUUAUUCAUCAUGGAUUGGUAUGUCAUUUGUUUUUACGAUCUGUGAUUAUCUAUUUAUCUUGGCCCAUCACCCCCUCUGUAGUUCUUAUGAAAAUUUGGAAGAUCUUCAGUUGGUCUUCUGAAAUGUUGUAAUGAUCUUUGAUUAUUGACUUUGGUUGCAUUUCCGAAUUAUCUUAGGGUUAUUUGUAAGGAUUAAUGAUACGUUCAUAUUUUUUUAAAUUAAUCAUAGAGGUGGUUGAAUGUAUUUUCCAUA